AACAGACUGCAACAGCCGGAAACGUCGCGGUGAACGUGGUCUCGAGCUUGGUCGCGGCGGCUGCGGGUGGCGGAGGGGGCAGUGCAGUAGGGACAACUCCUGGGAAGAGCGCAGCUGCGAAAAUGCCACGAACCAACAGAAACCUGGGAGUAAGUGCAGCAACUGCGGCAGACGACGGCCGAUCUUUGGCAGACAAUCGGAAAACUAGCAGCGGUGGAGCCCCCUUAGCCGCCGUUGCUAUGCAGAACGCGGGAGCCGCCGCAGCUUCAUCUGCGGGCGGAACUAGUGGAGGUUAUAGCGCGCCGCAACAACCGGCAGCAGCAGCACCCACCCUUGCAGCAUCGACACCGAGCAGUACUUCUAAAGUUGUUGCUCCGGCGACGGCGCCUCC